AUGGCCCUCCGCAUCUUCGUGAGGGAUGCGCGCAAGGAGCCGAGCGCUCGGCGGCUUGCGGCAGUUCCCCCUGGGAUCAGCGUGGCCAAGCUGUCGGCCAAGCUCUCGGCACAGGAGGCACGGCUGUGCAUCGAUGGCUUCACACUGGGAAGCUGGGAGAUGGCCUGCCAGCUCCUCCGGGAUGGCGACGUGGUGGAUCUGAAGGCGGCAGAUUCGAAUCCUUUUUCCAUGCAGGAUGUAAGGCCGGCGGUCAAGGAGCCCAGAGGCAGUGCUGCGAAGGCGAGGCUGGGCUUUUUGACGCCCAAGCUUCGGCAGGCGCUCUUCAAGGCGGAGCCGGCGUCGAAGGCGGCAGCGGAGGUGCCAGAGGAAGCGGAGGAGCCGGAAGAGCCCUGGGAGCAGUCGCGAGAAGAAGUGGGACUGCGCCUCCUGGGCGAGCGUCGCCCCUGGCAGCCAGUGCUACAGGAUGAGGCCCGCAGGAGCUUCGCCUUUCACCGAGCGCAGGCGCUCACAGUGGCCGACGCAGAGCGCCUGCUGCAGAACGCCCAAGAGGAGGUCCAGUGGCAGCAGCCCAAAGGCACCUGGGGCCUCAUCCCGCGCAAGACCAGCUGGAUGACCACGGCCCCCUGCUGCUGCCGCUAUGGCUAUGGCGGCCUGCGCAUGGAGCCGGAGCCGAUGCCUCCCUGGGUCCUAGAGGCCAUGGAGCUCUGUAUGCCACUCUGCGGCUUGUCCAAGGAGGAGUGGCCAAACAGCUGCAAUCUCAACCUCUACGAAGACGGGGAGCACUCCGUGGGUUGGCACUCUGACGACGAAGCCCUCUUUCAAGGCAAGUUCCAAGACUGCCGGAUCAUCUCGUUGUCCUUGGGAGCGCCAAGGAUCUUUGAGCUGAAGACCCGGGGUGAGACACACCGACUGCAGCUGCGAUCCGGCGAUCUUUGCACAAUGGAGGGCAUGCUGCAGAAGCAUUACCAGCAUCGAGUGCCGAAGGACCGGUCCACAGCGCCACGGGUGAAUCUCACAUGGCGCUGGAUAGUGUGGCAUGAGCGCCGCUGCCCCUUGGCGCCGCGCGGAAGGGUGGGGCAGAGUGCUGCGAAGACUUUCGCGAGGCCGAGCGCGAGUGUCCCCUGCAGGAAGCGGCCGGCUGAGAGCCAAGCGCAAGGGCCGCCAGGUGGCAAGAAGCGCAAGAGAGCUGUCGCGUGCUCCAAAGAGGAGGUUCUGGCGAUGCGUCCGGAGGCGCGGGCGAGGUGGCUGUCAGAGGCCUUCAAGAGCACGUCGGAGGGGCAGCUGGCGGUGAGCGAGGUGCUGAACGUUGUUCUGGACCCGGCCUUCCUCGCGGGCGCGGAGGACCCCGCCGCCGGGCGGCUGCUGCGGCUGCUGAAGGGCAACCGCCGGCAGCUGGACGAGGAACAAGCGCAGCGCCUGGAGCCGCUUUGCGAGCAGUGCCUAGCGUUGUCGCAGGAGGUGGUCAACCAGCACAGGAUCGGGAUGGAAGGCGCAAACGAUGCAGCAGCGCCAGCGCGAGCUCGCAGAAAUGAAGGCGGCGGCCGCCGAGCAAAGGCGACUGGCUACCGACGCACCUGCGAGCGAAGAGACGGCGAAACAAGCGUGCUUUGCGUGCUUUGCGCCUGGGAGACCAGCGGUGCCGACGUGCUGAUGCCGCUCAUCGCACGGGCUUUACAGCCAGACGGCAUUGACUUCCUGGAAGAGGGCUUGGACAUGCUCACGUUUCUUGCGGCCUUCUGCUCGUCUCCGAUGCCGCCUGGGCUUUGGGGCCCGUUUCCUCGUCUCUUCCAGGCAGUGUGUGGACGAUCCACCGCCUCUCUGCCGCUGCCGGAAGUGCUGGAGAAUGGCUGGGCUCCGGACUUCAUGACCAACAUUCUCGAGGUUGGGCUGCAAUACAUGGCCCGGGGGCCCGUGGAGGUCAUCCUCACGGGCUCUUGGCCGGAGGGGAACAUGACCUAUGCGGAGAUGAUCUUCUGCAUGGUGAAGAAGGUGGUGCACGUGGAAGGCAUCGGCGCUGAGAAGGAUGCCGCCGCGGCCGUGGAGCUGGGGGCGGGUCUCUUCGUGUACGCUAGCCCGCCAGCUGCCGACGCCUGGCUCGCGCCCUACCUCUUCGAGUUCUGGCGGAGGCCUCAGGAAGCUGGUUGGUGGGACCAGCUGGUCUGGAACGCCGCAGAGACGCUGGGCAGCGCCCGCGCGGCCUUGGUGGGCGCGGAGGAUGCCGUGGAGGUUGGGGAGGCCCCCAGGAGCGUGGAGGAGCUGGUGGAGAGGUUGCGGGCGGACUACGAUCGCAACUACUUCCUGACGGGCGACGUCGAUGCCGCAGUGUACACCGAGGACUGCGAGUUCGCAGACCCUUUCACCUCCUUCCGCGGCCGGCAGCGCUUCGUGCAGAAUCUCAAAAACCUCGCGGGGGGCUUCAUCACCAACUUCAAGGUGAAGCUACUGGACUUCGACUCCAAGCCCCAGGCGAAAGCCGGCGCUGAAAGCGGCGACGUCCUCGUGACGUCGCGGCUCAGGGUGCAGCUGGAACUGGCGCUGCCCUGGAGCCCGGUGCUGGGCUGGGUCUGGGGAGUGGAGCACCGGUGUGCCCAGGACGAUGACAGAUGGCAGUGCUUCCUUCACAAGGAAUCUUGGGAGGAGUGCUUGAAAGUUGCUGCGGGGCUCUUCGGCGGGCAAAGAUUCGCCAUGGGCCGCACUGCUGCGCAACAGGGCACAAGAGGCAGUGCCAGGCGCUGUAGCUCGAGAGGGUCGCGGGAAGCGGGCUUAGUGACAGUCACCACUGACCAGCGCCGAUGGAUGGAACAGGAAGUGGCGACCAAGCACUGGAGUAAGCUCAGCAAAGAAGAGAAAAAGGCUUUCUGCGAGCAGGCUGAGGUGCACGCUGAUGACGCUACAGUGCCCGCGGGAAGCGCCGGCAAGAAGCGCGGUGCAGAUGCAGAGGAAGCCCCUGCACCAGCGGAGCCAAAGAAGCAAAAGCCUGCUUACCAACCUCUUGCCAACGUUGUAGCCAAAACAAGGGCUCGUCGUGUCACUGCAUUGGCAGAGGAGUUGCUGAAGCAUGCCAGCGCCAACGAUGCAGCUGAAACACUGGCAGCUGCUGUGAAAGCAGUGGGUGCAACUUGGCCAGAUUUUGGAGCUGAGGCGCAGCAGCAAAUCUUCAGAGCCAAUGGCAGCCAGGAGUGCGCCAACUGCAGCGCGCUUCUUCGAGGGAUUUGUGGCACACCUUGCUUUUCCAGCCCGAACCCUCCUGAUGGAGUAAGAAGCGCCCGGGACCAUAUCGACCGAGUUGUGAGAGGCAUCUUCCCUUCAUUGCAAGCUGUGCAGAAGCAAGGAUACAACAUUGGAAGGAUCCGGUGGGAUGCCAGCGGACGUGAUCGCAUGCCAGAAAGAGCGCCCAGGGGAAGAAAGUCCAAGCAAGAUGACGAGGUCCAGAUUGCUCGAGUGCGCGCUGCUUUGGAAGAGCAUUCCCAAGGCAGCAGCCGCUUGUGCUUCAACCGCCAAGCAGGUGAAUGGAUGCUUGUAAACACGCUCACUGCUGAUAAGACCCACAUUUUCAAUCAGCAGGACGCUGUGAGCGCAAACAUGAGCUUGUCAACCAUGUCCCGCAUCAUGAGGAAGCAUUUGGCGAACUACAAGCCUGCUUGGGUCGAAUCAGAUUGGUGCAUCUACUGCCACGACCUUGAUCGCAAAGUCAUGCCGCAAGUGAAGGAGGCGGUUGCGCAGCACCGGCAGGUCUUGACCGGCUACAUGGAGCACUACUUUGAGGCUUUUGACAACUACGUCACCUCUGCUUCCCUGAGCGAAAAGCCAGGACUGAGCAAGUUGCUGGACUCCUACCUCUUCCACCGCUCGGCGAACGAGCACCAAAAGCCCGUUUUAACGCAGCUGCAGACCAAGCCGGAGGCGGGCCACGUGACCCUUUUGUCCGAUUGGAAGGAGUUAGUCACUUUGCCAAUACGUGCCCGACAAACUGGAGAGGAGUUCUACGCGCAGGCGCGCAAAGAGAUCUCCGUGUUUGGCUGCGUUCUAUCGGAGCGGAAGGCUCCAAGUUCUGCAGAGGUGGUGACAACAAGGAUUUUGAUCCUUAGCGACAUAUUGGACCACACGAGUGCCAGGGCCUGUCAGUGCAUUGCUUUAGCUUUGCGGCAGCGAAGAGGAACCGAGCAGGUUAAAACCUACCACCUUGUCUCGGACGCCGGGCCCCAUUUCCGAGCCUACGAAAACCUUUGGUUCAACUGCGUUGUCCUGCCGCAGAAGCUGAAGGCGCAGGUUAUCACUCAUUUUGGCGUCGAGAAGCACAUGAAAUCUGAGGCAGACAGAUUGUUUGGCAUGCUGGAGCAAUACCUGGCGAAAGCGCGGACCCGCCGCAUUGACAUCAUUGAGAUGGAAGACUUGAGGCAGAAGGUGCAGGAACACUUGUUGCCCGCAGGGGCUAACCAAGUAUACUCAGAGACUGUGACCCAGUCGCAGUUUGAAGCCUUGGUGCAAAAGCGCCAACUGCAGCUGACACAGCGCAAGCAAAGGUCUCGGCUGCCCAACUCGGAGACCAGUGACCUGCGGAGGGCCAUCCUGGUGGGCUUCGCGCAGAUGCUUUGGUACAACCCGGAGCUCUUCCUGCGGGCCACGGAGGAGAGAAACUGCAGCGCCCAGCUGUUGGAGGCCUGGAUGCAGAAGAUCUCCUUGGUGAAGCGCCGGCAGCACCGGAAGGUCACCCUGCUGGCCCUGCUUCAGCUCUUCCGCCUGGGCUGCGCUCAGGCGCUACCGGCGAGCGUGUCUCCAGGACUCCCGCACCUACUGCGUGCCAUCGCCAUCCAGAGCAAGGCCCUCCUCCAGGGCGCAGCGCGAAAGCCCCAACGGGCACCUCGUCCGGAAGCCGCCAACAGCGACGGCGAGGAGGACGCCGGCAAAUUGGAGGAGGUCCUUGAAAAGCUGCGGACUGCCUCUGCUGCAGCCGAUGGCUCUGAGGAUGGCUCGGAGUCCGAGGAGAGCGACUCCGAGGACUUCGAGCCGAGCUCCAUGGUGGACUUUCAGGCGGACUUCGAUUCGGCACCUCCAUUGCUGCUGAAAAAGGUGUCCUUGAGGUCAGUUGGCCAGUAA